AAAAUAAGCUAUAUUUUUAUAUAUUAUUUAUUAAACUGCAUCUAAAAUAUAUAUAUAUAUAUAUAUAAUAAAUAUUUAAGACAAAAAAGACAUCAAGUAAUAUAAUAAUAGAAUAGGAAUUCAAAGUCAACAAAAACGACAAAACCAAGUCUCCAAAACGAAAAGUCUCCCAAAUAGAUAAACAAAAACAGAGGACUCUGCUAAAAAGUUUCUGUGGAUUCGAAGCUUUUUACUUUUCGCCAGGACGAACAUGAAGAUCUCUCUCUUCUUUGUCUCGUUCCUCGUCCUCUUACCUCUCUCCCUACAGGACCCAAUCCCAAAAGUCAAAGCACCAAGUCGGGCCCACGCGGAGCUCACGAGCCAUGGUUUCCCGAUAGGACUCCUCCCUCUCUCCGUCAAGGACUACUACAUCAACAAAACCUCCGGCGACUUCUCCCUUCUCCUCCACGGAACGUGCAAAAUCACGCUUCCUCCCGACAACUACCUCGCGACUUAUUCGGACAAGGUGACGGGUCGGAUCACGCACGGUCAGAUCGCGGAGCUCCGUGGGAUUCGUGUCAGGGCGUUUUAUCAGUGGUGGUCUAUCACCGGGAUUCGAUCCUCAGGGGAUAAUCUUGUCUUCGAGGUCGGUGUCGUAACCGCCAAGUACCCUUCGAAGAAUUUCGACGAGAGUCUUGAUUGCGAAGGACAACGAGCUUCUUCUUGAUUCAGUUCACGACGUAAAGUGCAUGCAGGUUUGUGAAGCCAGGAGAAACAAGUGAAAGCUGAUUUGUAAUAUAUCUAUCUCCAUCCGAUAAUAUAUAAAAGCUUGAAAUGUAAAACAGCAUCUAAAACCAUGACUUCAUUCUUGUUUUCUCUGCAAACUAAAGGGCUCAUAAAGGCUUGUAAGUUGUGAACCAAAUAUUUGUUAAUAUGUGAUUUGGGACUUAAAACAUACCAAGCACGAUCCAUUUUGUUGCUC